AUGUGUGCAGUCCCAGAGAUCGAAGCGAACUUCGGUUGCGAUAGAACGUGGGAGGGAAGCGCAUCCCACAUCCUUCUUAAGGGUCCGAAACGCGAAGACGGUUUUCUUCGUCGACAUCCCCACUCGAACUAGAUGGAUCCCCGAAAUCCGACACACCCCCGGGAUGUCGCUCUUGUCAGGAACACACGGGUGGAUGAAGAUCAGAAUGUCGAUCCUGACGCUUCUCAACAAGCUACGGACAACUCAUCGGUUCCACCAUCUAGUAGGAGAGAGAACGAGAGAUCUCCUUUUCACGGACGGCUGAAUGCACGGCACUCUGACGGCAUUGCCAUCUCGCACCGUUGGGGGCUGAUAACUCUGUUCGACAGCGUACAAGCUUGCCACCACCGCUCGUACAUAUGAAGAACCCUCCUCCCCCCCUCCUCCCGAACGAGGGCAGUGAUGAAGUAGCGACUCGUCGAUCGGUUCGCAUUCUUCACCGGUAUGGCUAGCGAUGGGCUCCCGUACGAGAACCUUGUCCCGUAUCUUUCGACCUCGAUAAUCACCCUCUCAACCCUUGCGGCGAUCAUAGUAACCGGCAGGAUGUACGGGCGGAUGUUUCUGCUGAGGAGCGUGGGCUGGGAUGACUACUGCAUCGUUGUCGCUGUCCUCGCCGCGCUGUCGUUGACGACAUCUACAUGUCUGGCCGUCCGGGCAGGGACCGGACGACACUACAUGAUCGGCACGCAAAUCAGCUACUGCGUCUGCCUCGGCUUCGCUCGCGCCUCUCUCCUGCUGCAGCUCCUCCGCUUAGCGCCGUCACCCAAAAUGCGCCGGUUCUACUGGACGCUGUUUGCGCUCAACGCGCUCGUGACGGUGAUCACGCUCUCGAUUAGCGUCUUCAAAUGUCCGCGGCGAUCGGGCAUUCACCCGGAAGACGUACCCGCGUUCAUCAAGAGCUCGUGCCGAGUCUUCUUUCCUAUACGGUUUACGGUUGCGGUGAUGGGCGUCGUGAUGGACUUUAGGAUCAGAGUACCGAGGCGGCAGAGGUGGGUGCUGUACGCCAGCUUCGGCGCCGGAGGGAGCGUCUGGGUGUCGAGUGUGACGCGGAUGUCGUAUUUCAUCGAUAUCCCAAACAUUGCUCGCUUCUUUGCCGAUCCUACAUAUAAAGUCGUAUACCCCGCGCUCUGGACAGCGAUCGAAUGCAACCUGGCAAUCAUCUGCGCGUCGAUACCGUGUCUGCACAUCGUGGUGAAGAGAGUGUUUCCGCGGAUACUGGGGACCACGGUCGAGAAGGACAGGUCGUCGGAGAUUGGCAUCAGCGCGGGCGCCGGUGACAUGGAGAUGAAUAGUUCCUAUCACAGCACGGUCAAUAGCUUGGAUGGGGACGGGGGAGCGCACGGGAACGGGAUGAGGGACGAGAACGGGACGGAGGAGCGGAGUAGAGAGGGCGUGUAACCGUAUGUGGAGGAAGGGACGAAGCGGACGAACUUGAUACCUCAUGCGAUGUAAAAUAAACUGCCGUGGUCGUACGGAGAUGACGAUGGAGUACGAUCGAUUCUUUCCCAUCCC